AACCCAAUAGGAUCUGCUGGAAGAAAAGUCAGGCAAACAGCACGCACGCACCACUUGGGCGAUCAGAACUCAGAGCUGGCUCUCGGCUGCCACAGUUCCACCGAAGGGUGGGGAGGAAGAGAACCGCCCCAGAGCCCAAGGACGGGCAGGUGUGCACAGGUGGAUCAUGAGGCCAUCCCUCUGCUGGCUCCUCCCACUGCUCCUCCUCCUGGCCUCCGUGGCCCAAGGCCAGCCAAGACCAAAACCCGGGAGCAGGCGCAAGCCCAGGCCCAGGCCCACCCCCGGCCUCCCUCAGCCCGAUGAGCCAGCAGAGCCUACGGACCUGCCGCCUCCACUGCCUCCCGGUCCCCCAUCUGUCUUCCCCGACUGUCCCCGGGAGUGCCACUGCCCCCCUGACUUCCCAUCGGCCCUGUACUGCGAUAGCCGUAACCUCCGCAAGGUCCCCAUCAUCCCACCCCGCAUCCAUUACCUCUAUCUCCAGAACAACUUCAUCUCGGAGCUCCCUGUGGAGUCCUUCAAGAACGCCACAGGCCUGAGGUGGGUCAACCUGGACAAUAACCGCAUCCGCAAGGUGGACCAGAGGGUGCUGGAGAAGCUCCCCGGCCUGGUGUUCCUCUACAUGGAGAAGAACCAGCUGGAAGAGGUGCCCUCCGCCCUGCCCCGCAACCUGGAACAGCUGAGGUUGAGUCAGAACCACAUCUCCAGGAUCCCACCCGGUGUCUUCAGCAAGCUGGAGAACCUGCUGCUCCUGGAUCUACAGCACAACAAGCUGAGCGACGGCGUCUUCAAGCCAGACACCUUCCAGGGCCUUAAGAACCUCAUGCAGCUCAACCUGGCCCACAACAUCCUAAGGAAGAUGCCGCCCAAGGUCCCCACGGCCAUUCACCAGCUCUAUCUGGAUAGCAACAAGAUUGAGACCAUCCCUAAUGGAUACUUCAAGGCCUUCCCCAACCUGGCUUUCAUCAGGAUGAACUACAACAAGCUGUCAGACAGGGGGCUCCCCAAAAACUCCUUCAACAUCUCCAACCUGCUGGUGCUCCACCUGGCCCACAACAAGAUCAGCAACGUGCCUGCCAUCAACAACAGGCUAGAGCACUUGUACCUCAACAACAACAGCAUCGAGAAAAUCAAUGGGACACAGAUUUGCCCCAACAACCUUGUGGCCUUCCAUGACUUCUCUUCGGACCUAGAGAACGUGCCUCACCUGCGCUACCUGCGGCUGGACGGGAACUUCCUGAAGCCCCCCAUCCCGCUGGACCUCAUGAUGUGUUUCCGCCUCCUGCAGUCCGUGGUCAUCUAGGCCUCGCGGGACCUCCUCCGACCACACUUGAAGGCCGGUGGCCAGGCACAGCGCCCGUCACUUUUCUCUGCCUCUCCAUCUCGCCCUCAGCUUUGCUUCUGUGCUCCCCUCUUUCUGAGGAGGGGAAAUGCCGUGUGCUCUGCUGCAGCUCUUGGGCAAGACUUCCCAGGGCUUCAUUGGGCCCCACCCAGUUCAAACUCCUCCCGCACCCUGCACACCUAAACCACCGGCCUUUUGUGGCCUCCUUUCAAUCUAGAAACCAGGCUCCAUGUCCCUUCCCCUUCCCUCCUCUACCCACCGCUCCUGAGUGAGGUUGGACCACAGAUUGACAUCUGAUCUUGAUCCUGGCCAAAUGAGAAGCAGAAGAUGGUCCUGGCAGCCUGGAGGUGAGCUUUGGAAAAUCCCACUGGAGACUCUGCUAUCUUGGGCAACUCUGCCUCAGAAGAGGCUGAGAAACCCAGGUCUCCUCAACCAAAAAGCCCUUCUUCAAAACUGCUGCUCCAUCACCCUCUUCCCCGGCUACCAGGCACCACUCUCUGCCGGCCCAGGUUCUCCGGGAAAGAAAUAGGGAAUGACUAAGGCAGGGCAGAGGGCCAGGGUGCCAGCAAGAGCUUGCAUCUGGCCAUUUGUGGCCAGAAAUGAGUCAGAAGCCCCCCGUCCUCGGCCUCUAGGGCGAAUGUAGCACACGCCCUCCUGGCUGGGCCUCCGAGGACCCACCAAGGAACUAGACGUUAGCAGGGAGAGGGCUGGGGGUCGGAGCCCCAAGAGGAGCCCUGUGGGAGUGUGGAUGAAUCCUGCAGCCACUUCUGCCCACCCAUGAUAAGUGGCCCGAGGCCCUGGGGAACAGAGUCCCCCGUGGAGGGGGCUCACACGCAGAGCGUCCACGCUCACCCCACCCUCCCCCCGACCCCCAUCUGUUCUCUAUUACUACAGAAGGCCCAGUCAUUUCCACCCCUGGGGGGAACUGGGGAGAAGGGGCAGGGCACCUGGAGAUCUCCCAGGAGCCUCUGCGGCACUGGACCGCGGCCUCCACCUCUCAGGCAGACCCAUGAGUGACACCUGGUGGCAGCUGAG